AUGGCUCAACAACUACAUGAAUUCACCUCGCUUUGGUGGCCCGAAGAGCGAAUCAAGUCGACCCUAGACACAAAGUAUAUUGUCAAUCAACUACAGCCUACCAAUGUGCCGAGACUCUUCGAUCUCCCCAAAUGGGGAGAGGGUUUGACUAGUGAAACUUACAUGGAAUACAUCCUCCUCAAGGCCGGGCGUCUUUUCUUAAUUCUGAAUGAAAUCGGAAUUCCCGACCGCAUCUUCGCCUUGGUGGACGAGUCCUGCGAUGACGACGAUUUGCCUAUCGCCGAACAGAAUGUCGAUCGCCUAUGCCUAUCGCCCGAUGCGAACGAUCCCUCCCUCGAUACAAAGUUCUUCCACACUCAAUGGCGCUUCUCGGUCCGCGGAAUUGGAGAGGGCGAGCAUGUCUCAUAUACCGGCAAUGAAGGUGUUCCGGUCCAAGUGCUGCGCACCAAUGGCAUCCACAAUGAGCUACAGGGUCGCGAUGACUCGGUCGACAAAGUCGUCCUGGCCGGGUCGGUAUGCCGAGUGCUCAUGCGAACACAGGUGCAAGUCGGUGGUGCACCACACUUCUUCUCUGCCGACGAAGUCCUAGCGGAAAUCAAGGCUCUGCGCAAACUCGCCCAUGAACAUGUCAUGUCCAUCUACGCCUCCUACUUUGUCGAUGACAGCGUCAGCGUGCUAUUUACCGGUGCCGAAACAGAUCGCACGUUACAUAGCUUCCUCACCGAUGAACCACCGGCCUUCAAGCGACUACCGAAGGAACAGCGUCGCCAGACUCUAAUCGUCUGGCCACACUGCCUGAUGUCCGGACUAUCCUGGCUGCAUGCUCACGGCCACUUCCACGGUGCGAUAAGACCAUCCAAUAUCCUCAUCGAUGCCAACUUUCAAAUCUGCUUGGGCCAAUUCCAUGUCCUAGACUCGCUCCUCGCUCCACCACGAGUCAACGAUCUCGAGAGCUACCACUACGCCGCACCGGAGCGCUGGGUACGCACCGCAGCACCAGUCGCACCAGUCGCACCAGUUCAAGCAGCACCAAACCGUACCCUUCUCCUCCCCUCGGGAGGCCGCACAGGCCGAAGAAAGAAGCCAGCCAAACUAGCCCUAUCAACCCUAGACGAAGGCAGCCCACUCUCCUCACCAGACCUCCCACGCCCCGACUCCGCCGCCUCAAAAGGCACCGUGAUCCGCAUCGGACUCCCCGGCUCUCCAUCCCGCUUCUCCUUCGCCUUCUCAUCCUCUUCAUCCUCAUCCUGCUCUUCCUCCGCCGCCUCAUCCCGAAACAGCGAGAUAGCAAGCCCCAAGCUCCCAACCCGCAACCGCAUCUGGAACAAAAGACCCAGAUCCCUAAUGCCAACUCCCUCAAUCACAUCCUCAACCUCAACAUCCAGCUCCUACACCUCCUCCUCAUCCGGCGCAUCCUCCAUCCUCUCCGGCAACACAACCACAACCAGCAGUAACCCCCCACCCACACCCGCACCCUCAAUAGUCUCCAACCCCUCCCUCCUCACAAACUGGCAAUCAGUUCAAACAAACCCCGCCGCCUCAGACCUCUUUUCCCUAGCAGCAAUAAUCCUCGACAUAAUGACCCACCUCUGCAAACGCUCUCAAUCCUCCUUCGCCUCGCACCGCGCCGCCCGAAAUCGCAGCGCCGGCCGCGGCGGCGGAAUGGCCGAUGCAUCCUUCCACCUGGCCCGCAACGCAGUCCAGGUGCAAUCCUGGAUCGCACUUCUAGAAGGCGACGCGCUGAAACGCUGCCGCCGGGAUCGGGGCAGCGAUCGUGUAUUCUGGGCUGUGCCGCGGAUGCUGAUCGUGCUGCGGGCUAUGCUUGCGCCGGAGCCGGAGAAAAGGCCUACAUCUCGGCGUGUGCAGAAGUGCUUUGCGGCUGCUAUACGGGAGAUUCCGGAGACUAAGGGGCCUGUUGGCUCUGGGCUUGGUGCUGCGGGUGGAGGUGUUCCGCUGCAUUGUGUUCCGGCUGAGAAGGUGGAUAAGAAGAAGCAGCGGAAGGAAGAGAAGGAGGCACUGGAAGAGCAGGAGAAUAGGGCUAGGGAGGUGUUGAGGGUGGAGGGUGAGAGGAGGCUUAAGGAGAAGAAGUCGAAGAUGUCUAUUAUGAGUUCUGUGUCUGCUUUGGAUGGGUCUUCUGUUUCGGAUUUCGAUUUCGGGUUUGGGGAUGAGGGGAGUGAUAGUGAGGUGCAGGAGGAUGAAGAGAGUGAGCCGUCGUUGUUGGAGGUGGAUGAGGACGACGGAGAUCUUGCGUUGAUGGAAGUGGAUCGUGUUUCUCCGCAGUUGUCGCUGCCGACUUUGGAUCUUCAAUUAACGGGUAUGGAAGGGUUGACUAUUCACGAAUAA